UCAGUCUAGCCCUUCUCUAUGAUCAAUUUCUAUUCAAAGAAGGGAAUACAAUUAUUGGUAAGUUGCGUCCUUGCCCCACCAUAGGCAGAAUGAAAGCUCUAUUACAAUCAUAUAUUAAAUUUGCAUUCAAAGAAGGGAAUACAAUCAUUGGUAAGUUGCAGCCUUGCCCCCACCAUUGGUAGAAUGAAAGCUCCAUUAAAAUCAUAUAUUAAAUACGCACGUUAGUCAGGGGUAGAAACAUUAACAAAUGUCAAUCACUUCGCCAAGUAAAUUUCUACUGUUAAUUAAUGAAUUUCUUUCUCUCCAAAGUCAUCACCAUCGAUCACACCAUGAAUUUUCUACUUAUCUUGACGCUCUUAAUGAUUGCUAUGGCACCUCUGGUGUUGCUGAUCAAUCAGGAAAAGAAGAAAGUUCGAGCGAGAAGGCUUCCUCCUGGCCCGUGGAAGAUACCUGUUAUAGGGAACCUACACCAGCUAGGUUACUUACCCCAUAAGUCGAUUCAACGACUUUCGCAAAAAUAUGGAUCGCUCAUGUUUUUGCAACUAGGGUCCGCGCCAACUCUUAUUGUCUCUUCGGCAGAUGCGGCAAGGGCGAUCUUCAAAGCCCAUGAUGUUGUUUUUUCAGGUAGACCAGCUGAUUUAUAUGUUGCAAGGAAGUUUAGUUAUAAUUUGAACAGUAUAUCUUUUGCUCCCUAUGGAGCGUUUUGGAGGGAGAUAAGGAAGAUAGCGAUAUUAGAACUCCUUAGUUCAAGGAGGGUCCAAUCAUUCCGGGCCGUGAGGGAUGAAGAGGUAGCAUUUAUGCUAACUCAUAUAGCUCGCUCGUCAGGCCCCGUAAAUCUUAAUAAACUAUCACUUGUGUUAACAAAUAACGUUGUAUGUCGCGUGGCUUUUGGUAAAAGAUAUGGAGGAAAUGAUGGUACAAGCAGAUUCGACGCCCUCAUGCAUGAAACACAAGUCCUCUUGGGGGAAUUUCCUUUAUCAGAUUUCUUUCCAUGGAUGCGGUGGCUCAACAAGUUUAAUGGCCUGGAAGCAAGAGUGGAGAGGAACUUCAGAGAACUAGAUGAGUUUUAUGACGAAGUGAUAGAGGAACAUAUUGAUCCAACAAGGCUUAAAUUAGAUAACCAUGCAGAUAUUGUCGAUGUACUUAUCCGAAUACAAAAGGAUCCAAGUCAAGGGAUUACGCUUAGCAAUCAACAAAUUAAGGGUAUCCUCACGGACAUGUUUUGCGGGACUGAUACCACUGCAUCUACUCUUGUUUGGACCUUAACCGAGUUGAUCAGAAAUCCAUCGUUGAUGGAAAGAGCACAAGCUGAGGUACGAGAAGUUGCUAAGGGAAGAGGGAAAGUCGAAGAAAGUGACCUUCCUAAACUGUUUUCCCUAGAAUUAAUUAUAAAGGAGGCACUUAGGCUCCACCCACCAGCCCCUCUAUUGGUCCCCCGAGAAACCACGGAGGAUUGUACGGUUGGAGAUUACACAAUUCCAGUCAAAACAAGGGUGCUUGUGGAUGUAAGAUCAAUAGGAACAGACUCGAAAUAUUGGGAGAAUCCAAAUGAGUUUCGACCUGAUAGAUUCUUGAAUAGCUCAAUUGAUUUCAGCGGGCAACAUUUCGAGUUUUUACCAUUCGGGGUAGGCCGAAGGGGUUGUCCUGGAUCAAGUUUCGCUAUCUUGCUUGUUCAACUUGCACUCGCGAAUCUUCUGCAUCGCUUUGACUGGCAAUUGCCUGAUGGAAUGAGCACAGAGGACGUGGAUAUGGAAGAAGAGUUCGGGCUUACAAUGUUCAAGAAAACUCCUCUUUGUCUCGUAGCUAGGACAGUGGGUGAAUGGUGAUAGAUCAUGUAUGGUAAUUUCUCAUUCAAUAUUUCAUGUCGUCCCCCAAAAUAAACAUUUAUCCAUAUGAUUCUUGUUUUAUUUUAUUGUUAGAUUUUGUGGAAAGAGCAGCUAAGUGAAUUGAGCUUCCAACCAUUCA